AUGCGUCCCUCACACCGUUUCCUCGCCGCGAUCUCGCGCAGCCAGCCCUCCAAGCUGAAGAAGCCUUCCAUCAGUCUAGACCAUUUCAUCCAAAGACAGCGUGUGUUGUCAUUAUGGCGGGAAAUCGUCCGAGCAUUAAUAAAAGUCCCUCCUUCGUCAACAAGGACUGAGCUGCAUAAGUAUGCACGCGAUGAGUUCGAGCGCCAUCGUGGAGUAUCGGAUGUGGUAGGUUGA